CUUGCGCGCUCCCGCUCAGUCUCGGGUUCACACGCUCGUGUUGAGACGCAGAGGCUAAAAGGAGCCGUUGUGUGUUUUUUCCCUCUUCUCCUCCUCACGGCGUUCAUUUUGGAAAGGCGGAUUUUCCCCCGCGUUCAGAUUAAACCCACAAUAAAACCCCAGUUAUUCUGUGUAAAGAGUCGAAAACGCGCGUGUGCAUGAACAGGGAAGGGGACACGCAGGAUGGUUCGGGAAACCAGACACCUCUGGGUGGGAAAUUUACCCGAACACGUUCGAGAAGAAAAAAUUGUCGAAUAUUUUAAACGGUAUGGACGUGUGGAGAGCGUUAAAGUCCUCCGUAAGCGAGGCUCGGAAGGUGGUGUGGCGGCUUUUGUGGAUUUCGUCGACAUCAAAAGUGCCCAGAAAGCGCAUAAUGCAGUCAACAAAAUGGGCGACAGGGAUCUUCGUACCGAUUAUAACGAGCCCGGUUCUGUGCCCAGCUCCGUCCGGGGCCUGGAUGACAACCCGCCAUCGAGCAGUCACGCGAGGGACGUUGCAAGUUUCUCGAGAGCUGCUGUGGGUCCCGUUUAUGGACCCCCGGUGUCUCUUCACACCAGAGAGGGACGCUAUGAGCGCAGAUUAGACGGCAGUUCGGACAGUCGGGAUCGAGCAUACGAGCACAAUCCGUAUGGACACCACGAACGCAGUGGCACUUUCGAUAGGCCGCGGCACUACAACACGGACUAUUACCGCGACCGUGCCAUUUUUGCUUCUGGAGUUGGGGCCAGCCCUGCAGUUAGUGCAAUUAGUGCGGGUUUUGAGACCCCAGAAUCUCACUUUGAGUCUCGAAUUCGUGAUCCCUUCACUUUGUCUGGUUCCACACGCCGGGAUCCUUACCGCGAUGACCGGGGACGGCGUGUCGAUCGGACUUACCAUCAUCGCCGAAGUCGAUCUUCUCAUUCUUCACAAUCGCGGCACCCUUCUCCCCAAAGAACCACGGGACAGACCCCCAAAGCCUCCCAUUCCCCAAAACGAGCCCCUGUUUCUCCAGGCAGAGGGCCGCGUUCACGUUCCCGAAGCCGAUCGUCCAGCUCGGAUUCAGUCAGCAGCACCAGCAGUACUGGAAGUGGCAGCAGUGACUCCAACAGCAGUUCCAGCGAGGGCUCCCGAGCACGCUCGGUUCAGUCUGCAGCCACUCACCCACCUCCAGCUCCUCCUCCACUAUCUCUGGACUGUGAUGAACCACGUAGGAGUUUUGGUAUCAGGGUUCAGAACCUCCCUGUACGAUCCACAGACACAAGUCUAAAGGAUGGACUUUUCCACGAGUUUAAGAAGUACGGGAAGGUGACCUCGGUGCAGAUCCACGGAGCCUCGGAGGAGCGAUACGGCCUGGUGUUCUUCAGACAGCAAGAAGACCAGGAGAAAGCACUCAGCGUGUCCAAAGGAAAGCUCUUCUUUGGGAUGCUGAUAGAAGUGACUGCUUGGAAUGGCCCUGAGACGGAAAGCGAGAAUGAGUUUCGGCCAUUGGACGGACGGAUUGACGAGUUUCACCCAAAGGCGACCAGAACCUUGUUUAUUGGAAAUUUGGAGAAAACGACGAAUUACCAGCAGUUGCUUGAUGUUUUUCAGCGCUUUGGAGAGAUUGUGGAUAUCGAUAUUAAGAGGGUUAACGGUGUUCCUCAGUAUGCCUUUGUGCAAUACUCUGACAUCGCCAGCGUGUGUAAAGCGAUUAAGAAAAUGGACGGAGAAUACCUGGGUGCCAACCGACUCAAACUUGGUUUUGGGAAGAGUAUGCCUACGACCUGCGUAUGGUUAGACGGUCUGUCCUCUAACAUCACAGAGCAGUACCUUACACGGCACUUCUGUCGCUAUGGACAUGUGGUGAAGGUCGUGUUUGACAGAUUGAAAGGGAUGGCCCUGAUUUUAUACAACAACACAGAUUUUGCACAAGCUGCUGUAAGAGAGACCAAAGGAUGGAAGAUUGGCGGCAACAAAAUAAAGGUUGAUUUUGCCAGUCAGGAGAGCCAAGUUGCAUUCUAUCGCUCUAUGCAGGCAUCAGGGCAGGAUAUGCGUGACUUCUAUGAAAUUCCCUCCGACAGAAGGGACGACCGAAGACCUUCCUAUCAUGAGUUCUCAGCAGAGAGGGCGUACUACGAGAAUGUUCGGGCACCGGGAAUCUAUGCCGACGAUCCACGGCGAGACUACCCCGCUCGCAGCCGUGAGCGUUAUCCAGAACUAGACCAUUACCAAGGCGACCACUAUGAUCCACGCUAUCAUGAAGAUCCGCGUGAAUACAGGGAUUACAGAGACCCCUUUGAGCAGGAUAUCCGAAAGUAUAGCUACAUCCAGCGGGAACGCGAACGGGAACGGGAACGUUUUGAGGCCGACCGCAGCAGAUGGAGCCCGUCCCAUCCGCGGCGGCCCGUGACCCCUUCUGCCUCUCCUUCGCCCACUGACCGCGUCUCGAGGGAAGCAGAGCGACGUGUGUACAGGCACUCGUCUGAGAGAAGUGGAAGCUGUAGCUCUUUAUCACCGACUCCUCAGUUUGAAAAGUCUGAAAAGUCUCCAGUGGAUUAUAAAACCGAGAGUCUGAACAGAGAAAUGGAGCAGGCCGAGGCUGACCGCGUAAGUGUGACUGAAAAGAGCAAGCGCGGCAGGCGCAAGGAAAAAGCAGACAGAGAGAAGGGCGAGAAAACAAAAUCGAGAAGGGGGAAAGUGCAGUCUCCUAGCGUACCUUAUUCUGAAGCGGACAGGGAGCCUAGCCUGGAUUCGAAUUCUGGAAAAAUGAAAGGUUCAGAUGUGGAGAGCUCAGAGAGGCAGAGGCACAAAGGUGAGGGUGAACCCUCCCCUUCUGAUCUGAUGUCUCGUCUGGAGUCACAGAAAGAAAGGCUUGACGGUGCAAAAAUCGAUUCAGUAGAUCGGGAUAGCAAAGGAAGAGCAAAGAAACACCUCAAAUCAGAACUUGGAAAUGAAGGGAAAGAUUCCCUUUUGGAUUCCGACAGGCUCGCGGCACGAAAAAGGCGUUUUGGCGAUCCCACUGGCAAAGCCAUAAAACAGAAGAGAGGUCGCCUUGAAGAUGAACAGGGCACAGGGGCGAAUCAACCUGCAGAUUUUGGGCCGUCUUAUCCGAAGGAAGGAGAAAAUGAUGUGAAAACAUUCGAAAAAGAGGCACAGAAGAGAGAGCAUUCCAAGUCCAAAUCAGAACGGAUGUCUCAUUUGAAAGACGAAUUGGAUCACCGAGCUGAUUCCCAAAACUCAUCUGGGCGACAAGCGGAACAUUCUGAGACUAACGUAGAGUCUUUAGACUCAAAACCUCAGUCUGGGCCAAGUGUGUCGAGGCGUUUCUCCAACGACGGAACCCCAGAAAAAGAUAAUAAAGGCAGAGAAGAGUAUUUGGAUAUAGAUCUUUCUCAGAGUUAUCGAAAGCAAAUGGAGCAGAACCGAAGACUUCGCCAGCAGCUCCAAGAGCCUGACAAACCAGGAAAACCAGAUACUCCUCAGUGUGUCGACACUGAAGAUUUCGAACACCGUAGCUUAGUGCAUGAGGUAGGCAAGCCACCGCAGGAUGUCACCGAUAAUUCUCCAUCGAGUAAAAGCAAGAAACAGGAUCACUUGGACAUGGAGGUUGGUACCAAAAGAGAACGGGUAUACCGAAUUUUCCGGCCAAAGAGCGAAGAGGCAGAGUGGAGCACAAGCUCGCCCAGGUUUAAUGCCUCUCAACACGGAGAGGAAGAAUAUACGGAUGUUCCCCAACUAAUUACCGUGAAAGAAGUGAAAGAACAACCAAAACAGGAAGACAGUUCUCACCAGGAUAUGGAGCUAACAGUUAAACGUGUCCAUACCUCACAGGCGUCAAAGCUAAGCACGUCCCUGCAUGAUGAGCAGAGACGUUGGGAAAGUCGCCUGAAGCAGGACUUGCUGCCUGACUUUUCAAGGAGCUUGGAUAAAAGGCGUGUCAAUCGAUCAUAUUUGGAAUAUAGAAUUUGGCCCGAUUUAGAGCCUGGUGAGGUGCGCUCUGACUCUGAAGAAGAUAGAGAACACAAACCAAACUCUCCCAUGCCCUCAACCUCAAUGUCCUUCCCUGAACGGCAUCGUGGGGACAGAUUAUCGGAAUCCAAACUGACCGGCUCGCUGGAAAGGAACAAGUUUUGUUCAUUUGCACUUGACCAGACAAUUACGCCAGACACUAAAGCUUUGCUGGAGCGCGCAAAGUCGUUAUCCUCUUCGAGGGAAGAUAACUGGUCUUUUCUGGACAGCGAUUCUCAUUUUGCCAGUUUCAGAAGUAGAAAAGAUACAGAAAAGGUAGAAUCGGCACCACGACCAACUCCUUCAUGGUACAUGAAGAAAAAGAAAAUACGAAGCGAGUCCGAGGAUAAACUAGAUGACCGAAAGGAAGAUCCGAAACCAGAAGAACAAGAGCGACGAGAGCUCUUUGCCUCUCGCUUUCUUCACAGUUCUAUCUUUGAGCAAGACUCGAGACGUCUCCAGCAUCUCGAAAGAAAGCAUGAAGACCCUGAACAUGGCAUGGGCUUUCCAGCGAAUCAACAAGGCCAAACUGAAGGUCAACCUGAUUCUGAACCGGUGGUACUCUUCCACGAUCGCUUUUUAGAGUUGACGAGACUGCAGCAACAGAAGGGAAAAGAGCAAUCUCAGCAAGAAUGCAAGAAAGAGGAAGGCGUUGAUGGCCAAGUCGGUGAUAAAACGCAGGAGGAAGAGCAACGCGGUGCUGUUGAACUGGCUGAAACGAAGCCAGCCGAGAACAAACCGGUCAGCCCUGUACGAACACCUCAGUCGAGCCCUGUGCAAAUCAUGCAACCCCUUCCUGUUUCAGAAACUCAGAAAUCGCCUGUCGUAACAACUAAGGAAACAUCGCCACAGCGGGACGUUUGUCACGGUGAAGCAUCUUCCCUGAAACAACUUGGUUUUUCAGUAAAGGAAGAAAAACAGCCCGAACAGCCGUUAGUCUCCUCCUCGACAAAUUCACUUUCCCAAGAACCCCCUGAUUCAAUUAGAUCUGAAUCCCAGGACUCAAAACCUUUAGUGAAUGAAAUUAAAACGAGUCCUGUUAAAGAGUUGGAACUGACCGACGACCGGGAUGUCGAGCGAUGCCCUGAUAGCGAGACCCAGAUCGCUGACUCUCAGGUGAGCUAUGAACCAAAAUCUGAGCCUCAAACUGAGCUUGAAUUACAGAAUUCUGCCUCUCCUAUGAUGGUCGAUGAAGGAAGAUUGGAGAAACCCGAGCCUGUAGCAAUGGAAGUUGAACCUCCUGCCAAAGAAACGGAGUCCAAAGGUGCAGACAGUCCUCCAGUGGAGGAACCGAUCUCUCCUCCUCCAAGGUCCAGAAACAAGAAAGGCAAGACUUCACCGACAACACCGGUAGCCCCUUUGACCCCAGCAAACGCAUCAGAUAAACAGAGUACUCGCAAAAGUGAACGCAUUGAUAGAGAAAAGCUUAAACGGUCCUCUUCUCCAAGAGCAGACUCCUCUAAAGCAAUUUCGGAUGCCAGGUCAACUGGCAAGUCACCCAUCCAUAGCUCCGAAACUGAACAAAGCGUAGAACAAAACACUCCCCCUGUGAGAGCAAGGCGGAGAAAUGUACGUUCUGUUUAUGCCACCCCAGUAGAAGAUGAAUCUACACCGCAAACUGGCAAGGAUGUGGAGUCCUCACGUGGUGCACGCAAGCGUGGUGUAGACAGAGAUGCAGGGCAACAGCAACCAGAAGCAGACAGCCUCCCUGUACAGCCACCUGCGCGGCGGGGGCGUCCGCCAAAGAAUCGGCGCCAAGGAGAGGAUUUUUCAGCAGGGAAGAGUGAGCGGUCAAAAUUAACUGAGACAAAGGAGUCUGAGAUCAAUGAAAGUGGAAACAAUGAAACCGUCACCAAAGGAGGCAAAGGCAAACAUUCUCCCUGCUUGAACAAAGCUGCAAAUCAAGGUGCUGGGUCUGGUUUGGCAAAAAAGGGAGAAAAAGCUGAUAAAAUGCCUGAGAUCAUGACUCCUGCCGAGAUGGACGUGGAUUCUCGGGACAGCAACGUCCAGCACGAUGGUGGUCCUUCGGUGACAAAUGAGCCAAAGGAGGAGCCGAAGGAUGAGCACAAACCGCAAAGUGAUUCAGAACCAAAACAAGAGACAGACAGAAUUCCUCAAACGGAAAGCAUUACUGGAAGCCAAGAUAAACUCUGCGAGUCUGUUCAGGAGCAGUCACCUUUGGACAAAAGCGUGAGAACAAAAACUACUCGAAUAACUUGUAAUUCAAAGCUAAUGACGGAGGAUAAAUCUCUUGUUCUCAAAAACCUCAGAAUCAGGCUUGAUGUGACUGAGGUGAAGGCGAUGCUGCAAACUGGCGAGGAUGAAUCGAGCCAUGACGAUGGUCCUAAAAAGGUGGUGCCAGGUACAUCGCCCAAAGAGCAAAUAUUGGAUCCUCGAUUUGAGAAAGAGGUCAUGGAGGAGGAUGGUAAUAUUAAAGAGUCUGUAACAGCACCCCCAAAGGUCAAAGAUCCUCAUGAGGCAUUGUUAUCCCACCAGAUGGAGCUCGAACAGGCUGUGGAGAACAUUGCCAAGCUCACAGAAGACCCUGCUGCUCUUCAAUUCAAGAACUCGACUGAGCCCCAAGCCCCUUUAUCUGAACUUGUAGAGGGGCAUGAGGAAGAAAAGCCUGCUAAUCCUGCUAGUGAAACAGAACUUGCUGCCGCUAUUGAUUCUAUCACCUCUGAAGACGCGUCUUGCAGCUUGCCGCAAGACCAGGUCAUCGGCACUGUUGUAGAUCCAGACCCAAACGUUCAACCUCUGGUCCCAGAUGCCAAAGUUGUUGAAGGUAGCAACUCUAUCCCUGUCCAAGAGGAUGCUUCAAACACGGGAACGCCGAGAAAAGGGGCAAAAGGAAGACCAAAAGCCCCGAGGAGAGCCAAAGGCCAAAAGGCUGCUGCGAACAAAAAAGAAGCCAUCAAAGAGGUGGUAGUGGAACCUGAGAAUAUUUCUGUCAAGUCCUCGCAGUCCAUAUCCCCAGUGGCACCAGCAGUCGCAGAGAUUCCACCCGUGGCUGCUGCUGUAAUUGCCCCCUUAUCGAAACAAGAUUGCGAUAUAACCACUAAUAUUGUCCCUGAAGUUCCUAAAGUGAUCGAGAGUGCUCUUAAAGAGCAGCCCGACUUGCCAAAAUCAUCUAGUCCGGCAGCAAGCAAAAGCCCGACGUCGCUCAGGCCUCAGCUUAAUCCUUAUGAAUGUACAUCUCCUUCUCUGUCUCCCACAAGUAUUUGUCUCAAACCUUCACAUCCGAGACUUUCCGUUUCCCCCACAGACCGAUUGAAUCAGUCUAAAGAGAUGGCGGUUGUCUCGCCUUCAGCCACUCCCGCAACGCCGUUAGAGAACCCAACAUUGCUGUCUGAUUCCUUUGCUCGUGAUACUAACACCAGUGAUCUGCGUCAAAUUCUUGCAAAACCGAGAGGUAUUCCGAUCUCGGAGAUCAGUGCUACUUCUGGAAGCAUGCAUACAAGGGAGAGCGAGGUCAAGAGUGCGCUGCAUGAAAACAGGCAAACUUCUGUUCCAGCUCAGCCGGUAGUUCGCCAGCCAUCGUCGUUACCAUCCACAGAGACGAAGCAAGUCUUUAACGAGAAAUCUGUGAUUUCUGUCAUUGCCUCUACUGCCACCUCAGUCAUCAGUCGAGUUUGCAACCCCCCUGAAUCCGAGGAGAAACCCGGUCUUCCGAUGGGAAACCCGUUCAUGGAAAAGCAGCCACCAAAACAGAUGUACCAGACAAGCGUGGAGGAAGGUAGCACUUAUCAUGGCCCUCCUGUCGGAGAGGAGGGUGGGAAUCCAGGUCGCUAUAUCGUGGAGAGCACAUCCUUGAGUACAGGCCCCACUGCUGGGCUCCGGGUAAACACCUCUGAGGGGGUUGUGGUGCUGAGUCACUCGGGACAGAAGAACGAGGGACGACAAAGGAUUAGCGCCAAAAUCAGUCAAAUUCCACCACCGAGCCCAAUGGAUAUUGAAUCUACGCAGCUGGUAACGAUGCCUCAAAUCAAACAGGAACUUUACAGUGGAUCCCAAAGAGAUGCGUCCAAGGGCUCAGUACCUCCAGCGGACCAUGGUCAUACCCUGAAGUUACAAAUGAAUGUUUCUACUAAGCAUGAACCUGGACUGGACAAAUUGGACCCGUACCCUUCGGUGCAAAGCGGGGUUGUGAAAAGAUUACAGCAGACACCAGGCCCCUCACAAGUAAUGGGUUACCAUCACUCAGAAUACACAAUGCUGAUGAAGCAUCCAAAGAAAGGAGAAGGAAGUGAACCUCUUAAUGUGGAAAACGUGAAAUCUCCCUGGGUGUCAACCAUAAGUCCUGCCAUAAGCCCUCAUCUUCCCUCGACAGGUAGCAAUCACGUUGGGUUCAUAUCAGGCACGCCAACGGAUCGAGCUUCUUCACAUGUUCAGACUAAGCAGGAACCCCGCUCGCCACGGAAAUCCAGUCACGCCCAUUCUCCCUUUGCCAAAGUGUCUUCUCCUAUUGGCUCUUCGUCUCCUAAAGGCGUGUCUAUGGUCUUAACGACCGGUUUAUCCGCCAUGUCUCAAUAUGUUCCCAACAUGCACCACACUGAGCAGUCCGUUAUCAUGCCUCCUCAUAGUACACAUGGAAACCUUGGCAGAAUGUCACCUCACCGUGUGGGCCAGGCUAUUUCCAUGGGUCACCUUUCUCAGGGAGAUGUAAGGGUCAACACACCACCACUAUCGGUGAUGAACUAUGGAAUUCACUCUGAAGGCCUCUCUUCAUCUUGGGCGCCUGGUCAGCAGCGCCCCACGUCUCCUCAUGCUGUGGGGAACAGAGAAAUGGUUCUCAAAGUCAACCCAGCCAGUGCAAGGGGUCAUGAAACGAGUGAGGAGGAGGCAGCAAGACGGUUUCAUCAAGUACUUGGAAGGCAAACGGCGACUCAACUCAAACCAGAGUCGUUACCAGCUGAAUACCGCAGCGCGCUUCACAGCGGCCUGCCAAUGGACCGGUUUAACAUGCAAACGAGAGACAUGCGGAUGCUCAUAUACCACCCACAGGGGGAGCGUCCGGCUGCCGAGCUGCACCAGGGGCAUAUAGCAGAGGCUGGCCCUCCCAGCUCAACCCCAACCACCAUUACAGCCUCGCUCUCUCCACGGGCCCACCUCUUGCAGAAAGGUGUGUCUGAUAAGGAUGCCCUAAAGCAGUCUGAAGUAAAGAGGGCCACACCACCCCCUGGGAAAGAUGGAAUGCUAGGAAUACGUGGUGCACUGCCUGCCAUGGCCUCUCCUAAGCGAGUACAGAUGAUCUCCUCGGGGACUGUGCCAUCCUUUUCUGAGUAUUCAACUAUGUACUCCAAUCUGCGCACUGUGCACUUGCAGUUUCCUGAAAGUUCGCCACUGGGGAUCAGCCAACCUCCUCGCAACAUCACUCCAUCACAGGGUGCUCAAGAAUCUGAUCACAACCAGGCUCAGAAUGAAAGUCAAGUUGAACCUGUUGGACACCAGCAAAUCAAUAUGGUUCAGCUGCUCACGAGGUAUCCUAUAGUGUGGCAAGGCUUGCUGGCAUUGAAAAAUGAAACUGCUGCUGUCCAGUUGCAUUUUGUGUGUGGAAACAAGUCUCUUGGUCUGCGCUCGCUUCCUGUGCCAGAGACUGGACCUCCUCUGCGUAUUGUCCAGAGGAUGAGAUUAGAAACACAACAGCUGGAAGGAGUAGCUCGCAGAAUGACUGGUGAGAGCGAAUUCUGCCUUCUGCUCGCUAUGCCUUGUGGUCUAAAUCAGGAAGAUGUCGUGACACAGACACAAGUGCUGAAAUCAGCCUUCAUUAACUACUUGAAGGCCAAACUGGCUGCAGGCAUCAUCAACGUCCCCAAUCCUGGCUCCAAUCAGCCUGCCUACGUGUUGCAGAUCUUCCCUCCGUGCGAGUUUUCAGAGUCUCACCUUUCACGGCUUGCUCCCGACCUCAUCAACCAGAUCUCCAGCAUUUCGCCUCACCUCAUGAUCGUCAUCACCUCAGUGUGAUCCUGUGCGUCUUUAAAAACCUGGACUCGUAUCAGCCUUGAUGUCAUGGAUGCAUUUGUGUUCUCCGACUUGAUGGAGCUCAGGAGAACCUGGCAACGUUUGGAAUUACCCUACAUAUCAGUGUGUGCAGCACCACUCCACAUUAUCUCCCAUUUCACAUUUCUCUGCUGUAUUUGUAUUUAUUUAUUUUAAUUUUUUUUUUUUUUAAACUCAUGGAAAUUCUUUGGGAAAUCAGGAUGCGGGUUUUUUUUUUUUUUGAAUGAUGCAAAGUGAAUGUGUGUGGGUUUUUUUUUUUUCUUCCUCCAGAUGGAGACUAUAACGCCGUUGUAACAGACUAAAUUUUUUUUUUUUUUUUUUUAAUAAUCCUGCACAGUGUUUAUCGGUCAGGAGAAAUAUUGUUGGGACUGUGCAUUUCAGAGGAUCAACUCAUCAGCCUUGCUUUGUCACUCACUUUUGCUAAUCCACGUUAGCGUAGGCUCAAAUGCCGGCUCUUGGAGUUUUGUGGUUUGAGGGACUGUAAAUAUUUUAAAUAUUUGAGGGGGGGAAAAAACUCUGUGAAAAUGGCUUAAACCCCAGGAGAGUUGCCCCUUUUUAUUUUCAACCUUGAACCUAACUCCGAAAAUCUUCAUGGGGUUGAGACGAGUAGAAAACAUCAACGUAAAUGUUUGUUUGUGAUGUAAAUAUUGAAGACUUUGAGCUGGCAGCUCUGGAGGGUUUGUUUUGCGGGCACUUCAAAUUUCUUAAAUAAAAAAAAAAAAAA